AUUCAUCAUAAUUUAGACAGAAGUCAUGAUAAUUGUGCAGUCGCUCUUUGAAAUUUCUAAAUUGUAUAAUAACUCGUCAAAUACUGGUUAAUCGAUUACUGGUUAAUAGUUUUAUUCAUGUCAGUUGUUUUGAAAUAAUAAUAAUAGUGAAAGCAGAAGCGGGUUGUUUACGUGUGUUUUAGCGGCCUCCGUGCUGACGAGAUGCAAAAAGUAAGUAUGCAGGUGAACUUGAGACGGGCCUGCUUCAACCUAGUUCCGUGCAACUGGCUGAGGCUAAUCGGCACAGAAGCUUUAAUUAUAUAUAGGGCUUGUCUUUUAUAAACAACGCGAAGACGCGCUCGUGGAUCUGUGUAAUUACCAGGAAAGCAGCUUAGUUGCUCUUUUCCUCUCUGCUAAGCGUAUUGGCGCAGCUCAGUCUGCAUUUUCCUUCUGUCCUUAUCCGCGUUUAAGGUUCUUAUGAGACCCUUAAGCAGUUGCCCCUUAAGUGACUGAGCCGAUUUUGAAGAUAAGAGGAGCAGCAGAUCCGCCUCCGCGCAGGAACCCGGUUAACUUGAGAGAGGAGGCCCAAUCCACGGAGGAAUGAACCGAUACGAGAAAUGAUUAACAGGACGUCUCAUUGGUUUCACUUUUCAAUAUAACCUCAUGCAAAAGCCGGAUGUUGGUUCUUAAUUAUUUUUUAAAUCUUUGUUAUUAUUUGCAUUGUUAUUAAAAUUAUUAUUAUUUAUAUUAGUACUAGUUAACGUUAGCAGGUAUAUAACUGCUACAGCUCCUGAAAUUUAUUUAAAAAAAUUGUUAUCAUGCAAACUUUCCUCAUAUCAUUUAUAUUUGAUGAUAUUUAGUUUCACAUUUUGGAAUUUGGGGAACACGAUAUUUUUCGUUUUUUUCUUUAACAUAUUUAGUUUAUUGUUUGUCUUUUAGGAACAUUGUUUUUGUCACUAGCUAAAUGAUUUAAAAUGAUGCACUAAAUAAUGUCAAACAUUCCCCCCGGCUCACUCCAGUUGUCUCUUUGAUUGACAGGCUUCCAGGGAUGGAGUCGAUGCCCGGCCAGCUUCGAGACGCUGGACGAGACGCCAGCUCUUCCCCCAGUUCAAAGCAGGAUGCAGCGAGCUUCUCCGGGCCCAGCCCCCUCAAACCGAACCAAGUGAGUGAGACCGCCCUGUACGGGGUGCCAAUCGUAUGUCUGGUCAUAGACGGCAAGGAGAGACUCUGCCUGGCGCAGAUUUCUAACACGCUGCUGAAAAACUACAGCUACAACGAGAUACACAACCGCCGGGUCGCUUUGGGCAUCACCUGUGUGCAGUGCACCCCCGUCCAGCUGGAGCUCCUGCGGCGCGCCGGGGCCAUGCCCAUCUCCUCCAGGCGCUGCGGCAUGAUCACCAAACGGGAGGCCGAGAGGCUCUGCAAGUCCUUCCUCGGAGCGCACAGCCCCCCGAAGCUACCAGAAAAUUUCGCAUUUGACGUGAUUCACGAUUGCGCCUGGGGCUCCAGGGGCAGCUUCAUACCCGCCAGAUACAACAGCUCCAGAGCGAAGUGCAUCAAGUGCAGCUUUUGCAACAUGUAUUUCUCCCCGAAUAAAUUCAUUUUCCACUCUCACCGCACCUCAGAGUCCAAGUAUCUGCAGCCGGACGCGGCCAACUUCAAUUCGUGGAGACGCCACCUGAAACUGACGGACAAAAAACAAUCCGAUGACAUUCACCACGCCUGGGAGGAUGUAAAGGCCAUGUUUAACGGGGGGAGUAGAAAGAGGACUCUGCCCAUGGGCGGGUCGGGAAUGUCCUCGUCGAUGAAAUCGCAGGCCUCGUCCAGCCUGUCCCAAACCAGUUCCUCUGAAAUCCCUCACAAAACUUUACGGUGCGACGAGGAUCGGAGAAAUAAUAACCUGAGUUUGGCGAGCGGCGCACGGACCUACCCAGUCAUCCCUGUGCCCAGCAAGAGCUUUAGCAUGCUUCAGAAAAUCCCCCCACCCCUGUUCCCCCAUCACCCCUAUGGCUUCCCCAGCUAUGGGCUGUGUCAGAAAAAGAGCGACGGUGUGCCUGAUGCGAGCAAAACCAAUGUCUCCGGUGUGUUCUGGCCUGGCGGAAAGGACGCCCUCUACCCUGCCUUCCCUAUGUUUUGGCCUACAGCUGGCGGCCUACCCUUGCCCCCCUACUCGGGGUCUCCACCCAAACCACUUCCGGAGUUGCCAGGCGUCCGGCAGGGAGACCUUGACUUAUCGGACCAAAGCGACCGCGGCGCAAACACACCCAAAGACACCAACCACCCUCACCAUCAGCAGGACGGAGGAGAGCGCAGCUCCAGCUCCCAGUCCUCCUCCACCAGAAACGACGAGGACAAGUCGGGGGACGAGACGCCCCAGAGGAAAAUCGGCUACAUCUCGGCCUUCAGACCCGUGGUGAAAGACGCGGAGACCAUCGCCAAACUCUACGGCAACCGGGACAGCUACGGCGUGCGCCCUGGCUACCUGUCCCCGGAUUUUAUCAGCGAGAGCUCCAGUUAUAGAUCGAUAUCACCGGACAGAGACAGCGUGGUGGACGACGACGAGGACCCGGACGUAGAUGUGGAGUCCAAUCGGGGACAAGACGAGGAGGAACUGAUCCAGAUCUCGCCGGGAGGGGGCCAUCAUGACUCCCCUGUACCGGACCGGGUCUCCUCUGGUGCUGAGGAGAGCCAGGAGCCGCCUGAUGCCUCCAGCCCCGCAGCAGCAGCAUCACCGGAGGACUCCGUGCACACUGGGUCAUCAGAUGAGGACAGACGGAUGCGUAAUGACUCUCCUCUUCAUGAAGUGUACUCUCAUGAAAAGGACGGCCACGUGCUCCUGAACGAGCCUUCGUCGUUUGGGUCGAAGCACUCGAGCAGCCCCCGCAGAUCCAACGGUGUUCAUCACGUGUCUGAAAUACAGAACCAACGCAACGCAACAUCCUACCAGGAGCAAAAGGACAGACAAGCCGAUGGAGCUUUACGCAUCGACAUCAGCGUGCAUGAAAGAGACCUAGAGACCAUGGCUAAAGAGGAAUUGCAGAAGCAGCUUGUGGAACAAGUGGAGUUGAGGAAAAAGUUGGAGAGAGAAUUUCAGCAUUUAAAAGAUAAUUUUCAGGAUCAAAUGAAGCGUGAGCUGUCCUACAGAGAGGAAAUGGUCCAGCAGCUGCAGAUUGUUCGAGACACUUUGUGCAGCGAGUUGGACCAAGAGAGAAAGGCUCGUUAUGCAAUACAGCAGAAGCUAAAAGAAGCUCAUGAUGCCCUUCACCAUUUCUCCUGCAAGAUGCUCACUCCUCGUCAGUGUACCGGAGCCUGCACCUUCAAGCCUCCGCUGCUGCCUCCCUAGCGCCCGGACACCACCCUGCAACUGAACCCAGCACAGCCCAAAAAAAAAAGAACAAAAAAAAACCACACACACACACUCACACAGGUCCGCCUCGUGUUCACCCCCCCCACUUGUAACCCAAGGAUUACCAACCUGCUGUAUAGAUACACCACUGAUUUUAGCACUUGAUUGAAGACUCUGAGACGGUUUUGGCAGCGACCUUUCUCCCAUCCCCCCCAAAAAACUGAACUUUUGAGUAAAAGAGAUCUUAAACACGGAGUUCAUUUUGUGUCGUGAGUCAAAGGAUUGUUGAUCUGAAGCUCAAACCAAGGAGUCUCUCUGAAUCAAAGCCGUCUGCUGUUUAGCUACGCUGAAAAGAAAAAAACAAUACUAUAUACUUAUACAUAUAUAUAUAUCACGUGACGAUGUGCAAUGGCUCGUAUAAAUGUGAUAUUAAGUUCAAAAUGUAUCUCAUUAUUUAGCUUUUGUUGCUUGUUUGAAUGAGUUUUUACAUAUAUUUGUUAUUUAUCUUGUCUUGGUUUAAUUUAUUGUUUAGGUUAUUCAUAACACUGUAUAUGCUGUUAAGCACUUUAAAUGGGCAACCUUUCUGAAUUUGACCGUGCCGUCCGAUACCAAAUUCUUUUAUCAAAAAUACGAGGGUCUUUAUGUUUGAAAUAGAGUUAAUUAUUACGAGCACUUACUUCAACAGGUUUGACGUCAAACAAUGAAAGAUUUUCUGUCACACAAACUUUGAAGAGAUAAUUUAGAAAAAAAGAAACUUCGAGUCAUCUAUAGAUAUCAUGUACAGUUCAGACUGAGUAUUUUAACACAAUCUGAUCCCUUGAGUUGCUCUGUUUCAGGGUUCUUUCUGUCAUUACAUGCAUCUGUGAGUCACAACAGACAAAACCAAAACCUUUUCCCAUCAUCUGAUGGUGUUUUUAUAAGAAGAAGACACUGUUUGUAUGAAGUGUGUGUAAUAUGCCACUUGCAAAAGCUGCAUUUGAUUUUCUCUUAUUUGUUGUUUCUGACACAAUCUACCCAUAAUUUACCCAUUUAUGUAUGUGUACCCAUGUCAAUAUUAAUAAAAUGUGAAAGCCACUUUCUGCUUUA